GGUCUUGUGAUCCAACAGCUGAGGGAGGUGCGAAUUUGUCGAGAAGCAGAAAUUAAUUUUUUGACAGAGAUUUAUUGGAAUACAUCGAGAAAUUUAAAAGACGACAACGAAAAUGGUGGACCGUGCAAAUAUUAAAGAGAUGAUACCGGCUCUGCCAGACGAGAAAAUUGAUAUGCUAGCAGCCACAAGUAUUCUACAACAACAGGCAGCUGAUAUUCGAAAUCAAAGAAUCACUUGGGAGUCAUAUUCACGGUCUCAAAUGAUAUCAAAGGAAGAUCAUGAUUUUAUAGUUGCUUUCGAUACAAGCGACGCUAGUGUAAGAGAGGCAAAGCUGAAAGAGAAUCCACAUCAAGCUGCUAAGACUUUCUUGAAUUUACUUGGUCAUGUUUCAAGAGAUCAGACCAUUCAAUAUAUUCUUGUUAUGAUUGAUGAUAUGCUGCAGGAAGACCGUAGUCGUGUGGAAAUCUUCAGAGAACAUUCUAAUUGCAAAAGAGAAUCAGUAUGGGGACCUUUUUUAAAUUUACUGAAUAGACAGGAUGGAUUUAUCAUGAACAUGACUUCUCGUAUUAUUGCCAAGCUUGCUUGUUGGAGUCAUGAUUUAAUGGAAAAAACAGAUCUUCAGUUCUACUUGACCUGGCUCAAGGAUCAACUGAAACUCAGUUUUGAGGCUCUUCAAGACACAGACUUGCAUGUGGGAGUAGAACAAGGCAACGCUGUGGACAAAGAGGCAUAUGAGCUACACGAACACCAGAACCCGAAUAACGAAUACAUUCAAUCCGUGGCACGUUGCCUGCAAAUGAUGCUUCGUAUAGACGAAUAUCGUUUUGCGUUCGUAUCUGUAGAUGGAAUUUCCACUUUGCUUAGCGUCUUAACAGGCAGAGUAAACUUCCAAGUGCAAUAUCAACUUAUAUUUUGCUUAUGGGUACUUACUUUCAAUCCAUUACUUGCAGAAAAAAUGAACAAAUUCAAUGUAAUACCUAUCUUGGCUGAUAUAAUAAGUGAUUCUGUGAAAGAGAAAGUAACUCGUAUUAUUUUAGCAGUAUUUAGGAAUCUUAUUGAGAAAGUAGCGGAUGCACAAGUUGCUAAAGAACAUUGCAUCGCCAUGGUACAGUGCAAAGUAUUGAAACAACUUUCCAUUUUGGGACAACGUAAGUUCGAUGAUGAAGAUAUCACCGGUGAUAUCGAAUUCUUAAACGACAAAUUGCAAGCAUCUGUUCAGGAUUUAAGUUCCUUCGACGAAUAUUCGACCGAAGUAAAAUCCGGACGCCUUGAAUGGUCUCCCGUUCAUAAAUCUGGCAAAUUCUGGCGGGAGAACGCCAGCCGACUUAAUGAGAAGAAUUACGAAUUGCUGCGUAUUUUAGUCCACUUGUUGGGGUCUAAUAAAGACCCUCUUGUUCUCAGCGUAGCUAGCUUUGAUAUUGGAGAAUACGUAAGACACUAUCCACGCGGCAAACAUAUAAUCGAGCAACUUGGAGGUAAGCAACGAGUGAUGCAACUCCUUGGACAUGAAGAUCCGAAUGUGAGAUAUGAAGCUCUUCUUGCUGUUCAAAAGCUUAUGGUGCACAAUUGGGAAUACUUAGGAAAACAAUUAGAAAAAGAGCAAACAGGAACGUCAGGUGCUCCAGGGUCAAAAACUGGCGCGCAAGUACCAGCAAAAGCUUAAGUAGAGCAGUAAUUAUACUGUUACACCUUUACAGUUGCAAGUUUCUCUUGAAAUCCGUACAAUUUAUCUUCCGUAUGUAUCUCACUCGUAUAAUAUACUUUUAUUGCGUGUAAAAACCGGUGUAGUAAAUGUGCGAAAGUAAAAUUCGAUUGAAAACUACAUUCCUUUGAAUUUCGACAUAGUUGCUUGUAGAUACAAAGAAUUAUACUCUAUCGGCAAAUGUAUUAAAAAAAAGCGACGUCCCGAUAAUAAGACGAGCAUGUUUAUAGAGUGAUAUUAAUGGGAUUUGUAAUUAAGAUGUUUAAUGGAAUGUUAAGAAAAAUAAAGUAUUAUUAUUACUAGAAGAUGGUA